UUCUUCCCUCUUUCUUCUUCUUUUCUUCCCCUCUCCCGACUCGUCUUCCCCGUCUGUUGUUUCGUCUGCACGCCUACUUUUGGCCAAUUCAUCACCAUGUCGAACAACGACACCCAGAAGCCCUUGCCCUUCGGCUACCAAUUCAUUGCCGGUGCCGUCGCCGGUGUGUCCGAGAUUCUGGUUAUGUACCCCUUGGACGUGGUCAAGACUCGAGUUCAACUCCAGAAGGGUACCGCGGUCGCCGGUGAGGAAUACUACAAUGGCAUGUUCGACUGCCUGCGCAAGAUCGUCAAGAACGAGGGCUUCUCCCGCCUGUACCGCGGUAUCUCCGCCCCCAUCCUGAUGGAAGCGCCCAAGCGUGCGACCAAGUUCGCCGCCAACGACAGCUGGGGCGCUUUCUACCGCAACCUGUUCGGCGCCGAGAAGCAAACACAGUCACUGGCGAUCCUGACCGGAGCGACGGCCGGAGCGACCGAGUCGUUCGUCGUCGUGCCCUUCGAGCUGGUCAAGAUCCGUCUGCAGGACCGCGCCUCGGCCGGCAAAUACAACGGCAUGCUGGACGUCGUGAAGAAGAUCGUCGCCGCGGAGGGUCCCCUCGCCAUGUACAACGGUCUGGAAUCCACCCUGUGGCGCCACAUUCUCUGGAACUCGGGUUACUUCGGCUGUAUCUUCCAGGUGCGCGCGCAGCUCCCUGCCGCCGAGCCGGGCAACAAGAGCCAGCAGACACGCAAUGACUUGAUCGCGGGUACGAUCGGUGGUACGGCCGGUACGAUUCUCAACACGCCCAUGGACGUCGUCAAGUCCCGUAUUCAAAACACCUCGAAGGUCCCCGGUCAAGUGCCCAAGUACAACUGGGCUUGGCCUGCCGUCGGAACUGUCAUGAAGGAGGAAGGAUUUGCUGCUUUGUAUAAGGGAUUCUUGCCCAAGGUGCUGAGAUUGGGUCCUGGUGGUGGUAUCCUUCUUGUUGUGUUUACGGGAGUCAUGGACUUCUUUAGAAAUAUGAGGGGCGAGUAAGAUCCUCCUCCUACACCUCCCUUUUCCCUUUUUUUUUUUUUUUUUUUU